AUGACACUAGCUGUAAAUGGAUGUUGUAACACCAGUUUAAAAGCGGUGCCAAAAAGGAGCAUUGUUCUGGAAGACCAUGUUCCAUGGACAAGGGUAAGCGGUGCGAGAAUUUUAAAUGGUGGCCCAUGGAACCAGGGCUGGUCUGCUUCUAUCGGAUUCGGACCUACACCCAGUGAAGUGUCAAAUGCCAUUUCAGUGGCCAGGCAGGCUUCAGCUAACUUUGCUGUUGCGCAGCAACAAUUGCAGGCUGCUAAGGAGAAUGUGUUAAAUCAACAACGUAUAGCCACGGAAAAGCAAACGCAGGCUGUAAUACUUAAGCAAAAGUCUCAGGCAGCAGUGGCUCAUGCUGCCGCUCAUGCUGCUGCCGCUGAGAUUCAAAAGAGUGAACUCGAAGCGGCCAAGCUUAGCCACUUUACUCGAAUUGCGCACCCAAGUGCUGGACACCACAUUUCUUCUUUAACGUCAGCCAACAAUCAUUUGUCUAUAUCUAAUCUGGAACCGAUCGGCUUUGGGUCAUGGCUAGAUAGUCAGGGUAACAUUCCUGGAAAACCAGUAAAUGAUUGUUCGUUGGGUGCCGAGGAUGUCCCCAAGUCGUCCAUGGCGACAACGGGACGAACUUCGUCGGAGCGAGUCGCCACUUCCGGGCCCUUCGAGAGAGGAUAG